AUGCCGGAGUACAGCAUUUUAAAUGCACCGGCUAAUUAUGAUUCGAUCUUUCUUUUUCAAAAUGAGGUUCAACCUUCAAGAAACAUGGGGAAGUCUUCUAAGUUUGUUGCAGUGUUUGCUGUGAUGCUCGUGGUGGUUGUAGCCAUAGCCGAGUGUAGGAAGCUUGAGAAAGAAACGUUCUCGGAAGGCGUAGGAGGUGGUGCUGGUGGAGGUGCUGGUGGGGGAUUCGGUGGCGGUGGAGGAUUAGGAGGUGGUGCAGGUGGAGGCUUUGGCGGUGGUAAAGGUGGUGGCAUUGGAAUAGGGGGUGGUUCUGGAGGUGGAGCAGGUGGAGGCUUUGGGGGUGGUAAAGGUGGUGGCGUUGGAGGAGGAAGUGGUGGAGGUGUUGGUGGAGGAAGCGGUGGUGGUGGAGGUAUUGGUGGAGGCUCUGGAGGAGGAUUUGGUGGAGGAAGCGGUGCUGGUGGAGGCUUUGGAGGCGGUAAAGGUGGUGGUGUUGGAGGAGGAAUUGGUGGAGGAAGCGGUGCUGGUGGAGGCUUUGGAGGUGGUAAAGGUGGUGGUGUUGGAGGAGGAGUUGGUGGAGGAAGUGGUGGCGGGGGAGGUUUUGGUGGAGGAUCUGGAGGUGGUGUUGGAGGAGGAGCAGGGGGAGGAAGCGGUGCUGGUGGUGGCUUUGGAGGUGGUAAAGGUGGUGGUGUUGAAGGAGGAGUUGGUGGAGGAAGUGGUGGCGGGGGAGGUUUUGGUGGAGGAUCUGGAGGUGGUGUUGGAGGAGGAGCAGGGGUAGGAAGCGGUGCUGGUGGUGGCUUUGGGGGUGGUAGUGGUGCUGGUGCUGGAGGAGGAGUUGGUGGGGGAGGCGGUGUCGGUGGCGGUGUUGGCAGAGGCUCUGGGGGCGGUUUUGGAGGAGGAGCAGGUGGUGGUGCCGGUGGAGGAUUCGGAGGAGGCGGUGGAGCUGGUGGUGGGAUUGGUGGUGGGUUUUAA